CUAAACAGAAGUCCUCGCCCACAGACUCGCCCAACCUCACACUAAUCAUUCGGGUGGAGCCCCGUUAUAAAUUCAUUCACUUCUCCUUGACCAGCUCUUGGAAGAGACAGUCAGUUCAUUCUUUCAUCUUCAGGUGACGCUCUGCAUUUUAUCAUCACAGUCACAAUGCCGUCUGAUCUGGAGAUAGCAAUGGAGACACUGAUCAAAGUGUUUCACCGUUAUGCGAGCAAAGACGGUGUAAAUACAUCAACUUUAAAUCGCAGAGAGCUCAAAAUGCUGAUGGAGACAGAGUUGUCCAGCUUUCUGAAGUCUCAGAAGGACCCUGCUGCGAUAGACAAGAUUAUGAGGGAUUUGGAUGCAAAUGGUGAUGGAGAAGUGAAUUUUGAAGAGUUUGUGUCUCUUGUGGUGGGCCUGUCCAUUGCCUGCGAACAUCUCUACCAGAUAAAACUGAAGCAAGGGGCAGGGGGUGUCAAAAAGCAAUAAAAGAUGACUGUUCUGUCAUUUUGUUCAUAGAGAUUAAAAGCCACCUGACUUGAUUCGAAGUUGUU